UAAACCGGUGUUCUGUUUAUAAAUUGUAAACAAUUCGAAUUUUUUAUUGUAGAUCUACAUACGAGUAUAUGCAUUUAUUUUAGUGUAAUGUUUCCAAUUUUUUGGAUACUUUUAAUACUUUGUGGAGUUAAUUCUGAAGAAAUAGACUCGUCUGGUUAUUUAGCUUACUGUCCCUGUAUGGGACGUUUUGGUAACCAAGCAGAUCAUUUUCUCGGUGGUUUAGCAUUUUCUCAAGCACUCAACAGAACGUUAAUACUGCCACCAUGGGUUGAAUACAGAAAAGGAGAAAUACGUUCAAUACAAGUUCCAUAUGAUAAAUAUUUCAAAGUAGAAAAAUUGCUCGAAUAUCAUCGUGUUAUUUUGAUGCAUGAUUUUAUGGAACAUAUUGCACCACAAAUAUGGCCACCUGAAAAACGCAUUUCAUUUUGCUAUUUAGAACGUCAAAGUCUAAAUAAAGAAAAUACAAAAAAAGACUGUUAUGCAAAAGAUGGAAAUCCCUUUGGUCCGUUCUGGGAUACUUAUAAUAUUGAUUUCGUUAAAUCGGAAUUUUUCGGACCAUUACAUUUUGAUGUUCACCAUAGCGAUGUGGCUGCUAAAUGGUCACAAAAAUACCCAUCAAGCAACUGGCCUGUUUUAGCAUUUACAGGAGCACCUGCUAGUUUUCCAGUACAAAUGGAAAAUCGGAAACUGCAAAAAUAUGUUGUUUGGAGUGAUGAAAUACAAGAGAAGGCAAAAAAAUUCAUCAAAGAAAAUUUACCUAAGGGAGCUUUUAUUGGAAUUCAUCUACGUAAUGGAAUAGAUUGGGUUAGAGCUUGUGAACAUACUAAAACUAGUCAACAUUUGUUUGCUUCACCUCAAUGUUUGGGCUACAAUAACGAAAAAGGAGAUCUUUAUCAAGAAUUGUGUCUUCAAACAAAAGAAAUUGUUGUAAAACAACUAAAACGAUUAAUAAAAAAAGUGAAGGAAAUAAACAAAAGUAAUGAAAUAAAAUCAAUAUUUGUUGCAUCAGAUAGCAAUCACCAUAUCGGAGAUAUCAACGCUGCCCUGGGUAGAAUGGGUGUUUCAGCACACAAACUAGACGAAGAUAACCCACAUGUUGAUUUGGCCAUUUUAGGAACAGCUAACUAUUUCAUUGGCAAUUGUGUGUCUUCUUUUUCAGCAUUUGUAAAACGUGAAAGAGAUGUUAAAGGCUUCCCAUCAUAUUUUUGGGCAUUUCCAAAAGAGCGGUCGCAUAGAUAUGAAAACAAACAUGACGAAUUGUAAUGCAUUAUAUGAAAUAUUUGUUUUGUAUUUUCUUUUUUAUAUUAUACAAAACUAUUUAUCGAAGCACUUCGAAUAAAAACUAUUUAUUUUAAUAAA